CUGACGUCACAGAGGCGGGCCUUUACAUAAAGAGCGCAACUGCGGGCGGGGCACGCAGAAGGUUCUGGCAGUUGGAGCGGAUAGCGGGGUUGUUGCUGUUCGUGCGCGUAACGGUCGUCGCCGCUGGGGUUAUUGUUUUGCCAUGGCCCGUGGGAACCAGCGUGAACUCGCCCGCCAAAAGAACAUGAAGAAGAACCAAGAACUAAAUAAGGGAAAAAGAAAAGAGGAUACUUUGUCGGCUUCUCAAAGGAAACAGAGAGACUCCGAAAUUAUGCAGCAAAAGCAGAAAGCAGCUAAUGAGAAGAAAACUCUUCAGACAGGAACAAAAUAAUCUGUGGCUGCAUGAAGGACCUAAUAAUGCUGCAGUGCAUCUCAGAAUAAUAGGGCCUAAGAAAAGACAUAUUUGUAAAAGUGGCCAGCCAUUAAAUGGUUAAUGUUUAUCUUCUACAAGCUCAUUUGUCCAGUAUGCAUUUAUUUUAGAAUGUCUGAUUAGUAGAGUGCAGUUGCAACUGACUUGGCUUUAACUGAAAUACUAGAAAUAGUUCCAGUAAAAUUGGAUUCAAAGUUCCCUUUGCAUGUCUACUAGUAAUGAUAGCAGUGGCUUGACUGCAGUUUUCAUUGUUAAGUGUUGGCCUGGUAAAUGGCUUGUGUGACUGUACCAGUUAUUAAAUAUGCAACUAGACUGAGAAUCCUGUCUGGUAGCCCAACAGCAAUCACAAACGAUACCACUUUUAAAAGCCCAGGUCUCUGUUCUUGCUUUGCACUUUGUAAAGCUCAGCUGUAAAAUUAACCGUAAAUUAUUUUUACAAUAAAAUGUUGCAUGAAGUACUGUCUAAGUUGGAAAUGGGUACACCAGACAGUUAUAAUAGCUUUUCCAUUGUUUCAAUUGCAGCCUGAAUACUUAAUACAAUUCUUCAACUGCUAAGCAAGAUUCUCUAAAUAUAUUACUAUGUAUAACUGCAGCUUAAAAUCUGUACUCUGAACUAAAAUAUAAAGACCUUCUCUUUUG